CGUAACGUUAAGUAACCGAGUUAGUGCAAGUCUACGGAUGGAAAGCCUUUUCCAUGUGUUGCGUUGAUUACAGUACAAGCACGAUGGCGGCAGCAGUAGCAGUGCCCGUAGCGUCCGUAGAAGGUGAGCAGGACCGUUGUGGAGUGGAGGAAGAGGCCCGGGAACAAGAUCCAGAGGAGGAGAGCAGUCAGCAACCUGGGCCCAUUGCAACGUCUCAGAACCGUCUGGCUAAAUUACCACUGGCCCGAAUUAAAGCUCUAAUGAAAGCCGACCCUGACGUGUCGCUGGCCAGCCAGGAGUCUGUGUUUAUCAUCGCGAAAGCUACGGAACUCUUUGUUGAAAUGAUAGCCAAGGAUGCACUUGUAUAUGCCCAACAAGGAAAGCGGAAGACUUUGCAAAGGAAGGAUCUAGACAAUGCUAUUGAAGCCAUUGACGAGUUUGCAUUUCUUGAAGGUACUCUGGAUUGAAGUGUACAUACAACACAGGAAAACGAUCACCAUUUCAAGGAUAAGGAACG